AAGAAACCUACCUGGACCACACCCCAAUCAUCUUCCCAGCCGACCACCGACCCCAACUCCGACCCGACGCGGAAAUCACCAUUUCUGUAGCGACCGCGGAACCAGAACAAACAACAAAACAAAUAAAGGAGGGGGUAAAAUCAAUUCUCAAUCCGAAUAGGGACCCUCACCCUUCCCCCCGCGUCUCCCUUCUCCCGCGCCACCAAGAACCCCCACGCGAAAGAAGCCAUGUCCCAGCACGCGCCGACGUCGCGGCCCAAGCCCCCGCCGCCGAUCGAGGAGGAGGCGUCGACGACGCUGCGGCUGGGCGAAUUCCACGACGUCGACACGCUGACCCUGUCCGAGGCGUCGCUGGUCAUCAACGCGCUGAUGACCAAGCGGAGGAAAGACCGCAAGGACCGCAACGAGACCGAGAUCCUCAACAAGACGCUCGACUACCUCGACGCGUUCGCGCGCUUCAAGCAGAAGGAGAAUGUCGAGGCCGUCGAGAGACUUCUCAGCGCGAGGAAGGACCUUACCAAGUUUGAGAGGGCACAGAUCGGUUCGCUCUGCUGCGAGACCGCCGACGAGUGCAAGACGCUCAUACCGUCGCUGGCGGACAAGAUCAGCGACGACGAUCUGCAGGAACUUCUGGACGAGAUGGCGAAGCUCAUGAGCACCUAAGGCGGGUAGGGAGAUCCAGGCCUCACUCCCCGCCGGACCUGCCCGAUCUCUAUUUUUUAACCCGGUGCGCGACUUUGCAGUCUUCUCUCUCUCUCUACUCGGAGCGAUCUAGACCAUAGAGGGGGAUCGAGAAAUAGGGCGCCGUACAACGGCCAAGAAAUGGCCACAUAGACCGGUGCCCUUGGGCAUUUUUGCCUUGCAAAAGGGCCAAUUAAUAGGUAUGGGCAAGAGGGAUGUAUGGUGGAUGGAUGCGUUGGUCUGAGGGAAAUAUAUUUUGCAUGGCAGGGCGUCUGGAACAAAAAGUUUAGGGGUCAGAAGGGGGGAAACAAAGAUUGGUCGUUCUCGGAUUUCAUGUUCAAUACCCCGGAGGCAAAGAAAUAAUGGCAUUGAAGCAUCUUUCGCACCCACAAUUCUGUUCCCUGUUUAUUGUCUAUUCCCACUGGGUCGUAUCGCCCUUGUAAAAUGAGUG